AUGGCGCAACUCCUUCGAGCAGCAGCUAAUGGUGAUCUUGACAAAGUCAUAGCAUUACGCGGCAGCUGGGGCUUUCAAAAUAAAAAGGGCGAGUCUGUGCUGCAUGUGGCAGUAGCCGAAGAUCAGCUCGAGAUUGUGCAGCAUCUCGUUUGCAACGGGGCUAAUCUAAAUCUACAGGAGAAGAAGCACCGCUUUACGCCGCUUAUGCUGGCGCUAGCUCAGCAACCAAUGAGAUUUGAGGAAAUUUUUCAUGCCUUGCUCAAGGGAAAACCCGAUCUGAGCAUACAGAACUCGUCUGGCCAAACAGUGCUGCAUCUAGCCGCAGAGUAUGAAGAAGUCGAGCCGCUAAAGCUGCUAUUACGAGCAAAGCUCAACGUGGACUUACAUGACGAUCAGAAGAUGACAGCGCUUCAUGUAGCAGUAGGAAAGCAAAACGUUGAUAUCGUACAGCUACUGGUCGAAUCUGGUCGUGCUAAUGUUAAUGUCGUGGACAGCAAGGGCAAUUCAGCACUGCACUGGGCGUGUAUGAAGAACGGUGACGACCAAUUGGAGCUGCUCAAAUUUUUAAUUUCGAAGGGUGCAAAACCUCUGAAAAAUAGUCACGGCAACACACCGCUGCACACAGAAGCCAUGCACUGCGACCCAAGUGCGAAUUGGCCGACUGCCGCAGCAAAUUUGCUAGUUACUGCGUUUCCAGACUUAAAAGAUGGAGUCAACAAUCGUGGAUUGACUGCACAACAAAUUUUUGAACACGAUAUUGAUACAGAAGACCCAGUGGAAGUCAAGUCCAAUACGCAAAAAGAUUGUCGGAGCAAAAGUAAUGAUGACGAGCUGUAUCAGUAUAAUACGGAAGCAGUUCGUGCUGCUGCUAUCGCCCACUCUAAAAAGAAGACCACAAAGAAAAUUACCAAGGAAGGCAGUGGCAUAGCUCUGUACAUGUGGAUUGCCGUGCUUUUAGCGAUCAUAGCUAUCUGGUACGCUAUGUAUUGGAUUUAG